CAACUCUCUCUUCAUCUACUCCACUCUCUCAUAUCCUACAUAAAAACCUUUCUCUUACAAUACUCACUUCUUAUCACUUUCUUUUGGCUUCUUCUUGUGCGAGUUAGUAGUGGCUACAAGUAGUACAUAUAUUCUUCUUCUUCUUCCUCUUACUGAUGAACAACUAAAUUGAGUUGGCAAAAGCAACAAUAAUAGUAUAAUAAUAAUAAUGGAAGAAGUAAAGGAGAACUGGGUUAUUAAUGGGUCUGAAGAUGAGCUUAUUGUAAGAGAGCUUCUUGAUGAUGAGUCUCCUUUCUUUCUUUUGCCAAAUGAACUUCCUCUUCAAUCCAAACUCACAUCUCCAGAUGACCAUACUAAUCGCCUCAUCUCCACAGUCUAUUCUGGGCCAACAAUUCAUGAUAUUGAGAAUGCUUUAUCGUUCACAGCAAGCCACAAGGAUCACUCCCAGGCAAUUUCACAAGCCAGAAUUUCGAUAUUGGAAAAGGGUCUGGGAUUGAGUAAGACUGAUAAUAACAAGUAUACUCUGAAACUCAAGACCUGUGGCAAUGGGAUGGCUGAUGAUGGUUAUAAAUGGAGAAAGUAUGGCCAAAAAUCUAUUAAGAACAGUCCAUUUCCUAGGAGCUAUUACAGAUGCACAAACCCAAGAUGCAGUGCCAAAAAGCAGGUAGAAAGAUCAAGUGAGGAUCAAGACACACUUGUAAUCACUUAUGAAGGACUCCAUUUACAUUUUGCUUACCCAUAUUUUCUAGUAGACCAAGCUAAUCAUCUUAAGCCCCCAUUAAAAAAGCCCAAGAAGAGCACAUCAAAAGCUGAAGAAACCCAACAAACACAAGAGGAUGAGGCCCAAGAAUGUCCAUCACAAGAAGCAAGUGCAACCCUAACUAGCUCACUUGAUGACUGCCCACAAGGAUCAGGAGGUCCUCAGGGCCUGCUUGAAGAUGUGGUUCCUUUCAUGAUCAGGAAUCCAUCAAACACUAACAAUAUUGCAUCUUCCAUGUCUUCUUGUUCGCCUCCUACUUCACCUUCUUCCCUGUCUUGGUCCCCUAUUCAAUCCCAUUCAUGUUUUGAUUUUGGCAUAAGCACUAGUAUUAGCCAUUAGGUGAAUGAAUGUACAAUUAUAUGUGUGGGUCGAAAGCCCCACAACCCCUCUACUUUUUGGUUUGUUAUGGAUGAUAAUAGUUUGUUCUAAUAAUGUAAAAUUUUAUUAAUUAGAUAUACAUUUCAUUAAUUACAAAGCUA